UAUCGCUAUCGCUGUUCGAGUGGACACACACAUGUCGCUCGUGUCGGUCGGUCGGUCGGUCAGUUGGUCGGUCUGGUCGAUAUCUGCUGGCGAUGGAUAGACAAACAGACAGAUAGAUAAGGAAAGACGGGACGAACAAAGCUCUCACUGGCUGAACGGAUCUCCCACCAGCCGGCCACCGAGAAAACCCAACACUGGUCAUUAUGUACAGCACCAAAAAUUGUGCCUGCCUUGUUGCCCUCUCUCCCUCUGUCUCUUCCUAUCGACACACACCCAGACUCAAUAACCCAUUGACCCAUCGACCCAUGCCAUCCUCUCUUCGUCUCUUCUUGUAUCUUCUCGGCUGGCCUCAUAUAGAGUUGGCGAGUGUCAUGUCUUGUUUGCGCCGCAGGUAUCUCCUGCGGCCCUCCAAAUACAGCAUGAACUGGAUGGAGAAGAAGGAAAGGAAAUCAAGGACACGGACGACGAUGUCGAGGAGCUGGUACAUACCUCCUCGUAGUCGCGGGGCACUAUCGUGGGCGGUGGGGCAUCCACCUGCACACACACAGACAUGCACAGCCGCACACAUGAACCGCUUUCUGCCGCCACUGCUGUGUUGGCGCUUGUGUGUCUGACCGGUUCAUAGUGGAAAUGGAAGACGUUGGAUCGGUCGCGGACACCUGUGGUGGGGUCCACCUGAUACGCAUCCACCUGCACACAUGAUCCAAUCGCACACGCAGAUGGCGAUCGGAUGUUUUGCGACUCUCUCGUGUGCCGUUGUGUGUGUGUGUACCUACCUGCACUUGCAUCUCGUCUGGUGCUGUGAAGAUGGAGCGUGCGACGUACUGCACCAUGGCACCCACCUCCACUGGCUUGAGGAAGAAAAUGUUGUCCACACCUGCACAAUCCACACACAUAACGUGCUUCCUUGUCCCUGCAGCUCGAGUCAUGUGCCGACUGACUGACUGACCUCUGAAGAUGAUAUCCCGGGACUUCAUGAGGCACUGCACCGUCAGCCAGCUCAGCUCAAAGGCCAGCCGAGCGAUGUAGCCGCCGAACAUCUUGCAGUGCACAUUCCGGUGCGUCGGCUGCAUCAGCAGUGUGGACUCCAGCCUUGUGGACGCCAUCGCCACACCCCUCCUCAAAUCGCCCCAGAACACGGGAUCCGCCAGCAUGGUGUCGCCGGCGUCGCUCUUGAUCUGUUCGAAUGAGAUGGAGUUUUGCCAGAGUGCGUGGAGGAUCUCCAUCUCCUCUGGCCGGGGGGGCGAUCGCAUAAGGGUCUGCCGGCUCAGCCGCUUCCUAUGUGCGUUGCGCUGCUCGGCUUCCAGGCAGCUGGCCUGCUCGCAGCUCAGAGGGGGCAGCUGGGUGGGCUUGGCAGUCUUGGCGUCCAGCGCCACAAAGACAAACAUCGCACGCCCCACAUAGUCGUCUUCCUGCAUCCAGAGAACUCUGUGUGUGUGUGUGAUCCUUUCUCUGUCGAGAUCUCUCACUGGUCUCACCUCGUAGAUGUGUCCGGAGACCUCGAGUGAGGUCUUGCCCACGUGUGUGACGUAUGAGGUCAGCCGGAGGUCCGCGUGGAUGCUGGGGUCGCGGGCCAGGUAGAAGCUGUCGAUGCACGCAGUCACUAUCGAUAUCGGUGUGUCCUCCCUGUAGCCACCCAACGCGUGACGAUACGCAGAGUCGGCCGCUAUGGUGUCCAAAGUCUGCACAACACACAAGACAACACACACAGAAGCAUUGCAGCACCCUGACACCCCAUGCAGUGUGACUGACCUCAAACAUGCGCCCGUAUCUGAUGGCCUCCUUGUCUGCCCUGAUGUACUCUUCUCUCAAAGCCGCGUUGGUCUUGAACGGGUAGAUGACUUCGAGCCACGAUGAGUAGACGCUCUUGCCCUCUGCACCUCCAGCCUCCUCGCUUGGCGGUGCAUAUGAAACCACAAAGCCCUCGACUGAAUCAGAGCGGAUGACCGUCUCGCGGGUGAGGGGAAUGACCGCCUGGAUUGUGCUUUUGUCGGUGGUUGUGAGUGCGUUGGCUGGCCGAGGGACAGGCGGAGCGUGGGAGCUCGAGUAGCAUCGCGAAGCGAUACGGCACAGCCGGUGCGUUGUGGGCAGCAGACGUCCAUACAUUGUCGAUGAAAAUCCGGUCUGC